AUGUCGAACGUCGCUCGGAGAUCUGGCAGCAAUACACUCUCACGAUUGCAAGAGACGUAUCAAAUUGUCCACGAAACUAUCUCUCGAGGGCUCGAGAAACGCAUAAACAUACCUUUGAACAGCACCAGCCCGCCUGGCUUGGUCGAAGCGAACACCCGAGACCCAUGGUCAAAGUCUGGAAAGUACGCCUUAGGCUGGGUCUACUUCUGCAUCAUCUUGUUGGUCUUCGCAUGCCUCUUGCAUCUCUACCAUGUCUGGACGGAUAAGAUACGGAUUGCACUACACAAAGAAGAAGCUGCGGCAUCUGCGAUGAUCGAGUCGCCUGCAACAGACUAUGAGUUGUCAGUCCUCAGCACCGACAGAUCAACACAAAAAUUCUUCCCGCGCGAAGGACCAUUGCCUGAGCAGCCCAAGAUGCAAUCAUCAGUAUCCUCAAUGUGGCUGGUGAACAAUGCCAUAGCAGUCUUUCGAUGUGCGUUCUAUCGGCCAAUACCAGUCCUCAGAGUCAGGAAAGGGUGGAGGCCAAUCAUAUUUCCGUCGUUAGGUGCGAUUGCCGUUGUUUCUCUUGCGACGAUCUUUGUCGUGCUCUACUGCUUCGUCCCUCAGCCUCUGUACUGGCAGAGCAUCCAAUUUGGUUCUCCACCACUGGCCAUCCGAGCAGGCAUGAUUGCGGUCGCAAUGAUGCCUUGGAUCGUUGGUCUUAGCAUGAAAGCAAAUAUCAUCUCGUUCCUCACCGGGAUUGGGCACGAGCGAUUGAAUGUCCUACAUCGAUGGCUUGCAUAUCUUUGCUUGCUCCUAAGCCUGAUACAUACCAUUCCCUUCUACGUCACACCAAUCUGGUCCGAUGGCGGUCUGGGUGUUUUUCAAUCAGCUUUCGGCAAUUCUGGAAUAUACGUCUACGGAUCUGGUAUUGCAGCACUUGUGCCCCUCAUAUUCCUCUGUCUGCAUUCUUUGCCUCCACUACGCCGCAAAAUGUACGAGUUGUUCGUAGCGUUCCAUGUGCCUGUGUCUAUCGUCUUCCUCGCCAUGCUCUUUUGGCACUGCAAGAACUUCCUCACAUCAUGGCACUAUCUCUGGGCGACUACAGCUAUCUGGUUCAUCUCAUACAUCGUUCGUCUAUUCUUUCUCAAUUGGACAAACUACUUCAGACUAUCAUGGUUGGUUGGCGAAGAGGCAGCUGUCACACUGAUGCCCGAGAAUGCCAUAAAAGUUACCAUCCCAACGCAAGUCAGAUGGAAACCUGGACAAUAUGUCUAUCUCAGAAUGCCUGGCAUUUCAGUGUUCGAAAACCAUCCCUUCACUAUUGCCUCUCUGUGGAGCGACGACUUUCCUUCUCAGUAUGGCGAAGAGUAUAGGGAUAUGGUUUUGGUCUUCCGGCCUUUCGGUGGCUUCACCAAGAAAGUGUUGGAUAGUGCUUUGGAGAAUGGACCGUGGCACACCUACCGCGCUUUCAUCGAUGGACCCUACGGUGGCAUGAGAAGAAGUUUAGACUCUUUCGACCACGUCGUGCUCUUCGCAGGAGGCAGUGGUAUCACAGCGUUGGUAUCGCAACUCCUCGAUCUGAUCAAACGGCUCAGAGAUGGCAAGGCAGUGACCAAGUCCGUUCAAGUCAUCUGGGCCCUUAAGCGUCCUGAAACACUCGAAUGGUUCAAGGAAGAAUUAAGAAUCUGCAGAGAGUUUGCUCCGCCGGAUACCGUCCAAUGUCAGUUCUACAUCACUGCUGCUAAAAGACAAGCCAGAACCGGAGAAUUGGUUUCUGCUCAGACGCCUACGAGGCCGAUCAGCAUGGUGUUCCACAACAAAGUCAAUGAAGCAUUCCAGAACAUUGCAAACAAUCGACUCUCCACAAUCUCAGCCAAUACGAAUAGGAACUCUGCUUUGAUCAUGGAAGAAGCGGCAGGAGACCCCGAAAGAGAAAAAGCACUCAGACGCGAAAAUGAAGAUCGACUCAGACCACUGCCACAAGCACAUUUGCUACCUUUGAGAAGUGCGUCACGUAAUGGACGUGUCUCUCCUCCUCCAUCAUCCGAGCCUUUGGCCUCUCCUCGACUUACCUUGGCCGAGAAGCGAAGAUCGCAGCAAAUGUCUAUCCCAUUACCCGACCCGGCUGCAGCAGCCCAUCUUAAGGAGGGAACGCCACCUCAAGGCGAUUUUGACUUUGGUUUCCCGUCGACGCCUACAGAAUUCCAAAAGAACCUCAUGCGAUUUGCCUUUUUGCCAGCUGCUGUCAAAUCGAGGAAGACAGGCUGGAGCACCGAGUACGGAAGACCAGAUAUUCCGUUUAUGCUCAGGGAGAUGAGCAAAGAGUGGACUGGACGUCGGACUUGUGUGUUUGUCUGCGGGCCACCUAGCAUGCGGGUCGAUGUCAGCAAUACAGUCGCUGAAUUGCAGAGGACAGUGUGGAAUAUGCCUAAUAGAGAUGAGGUGUAUCUGCACGCUGAGAACUAUGCAAUCUGA